GACAAUCUAGUCCGAACAAAGUCCGGUGACUCAAUACAAUUUUCAUCGGUUCGGCUUCCACAAAAGGCCCCGGCGUAGGAUUAUUUAUCGUAUUGACGGGAUCAAUAGUCCAUGGAUAUGCGUUGUGAGAAGAUACCGUUAGAACAGAGUUUGUAUUAGGCUGCUGCUGCUGAUGGGUGAUAUGAAGGGCAGCUGAAGAGCAACUGAACAAUGAAAGAGAUGCACAUUUCACGAAGACACGCAGACUCUACUGUCCAAUGAUGGCAAGCCGCCCUAGACUCUUACUGAGCGUCCUAUGGCACUUGGCCUGUUCUACACUCCAUGUAGCCGGCAGGGGACGAGGUAACGACAGCCUGUUGUUUCACCACCUGUUCCGGGAGUACGACAGCGCCUUGCGUCCGGUCAGGGAGCACCAGGACGUCCUGACGGUGGACUUCGGAGUCACUCUCACGCACAUCGUGGAUAUGGACGAGAAGCACCAGACGUUGUCCAUGAACCUGUGGAUUACCAUGGGCUGGAAUGACACACACAUGAGAUGGGACCCCGGGGAAUACGGCGGAGUGAAGCACCUGACUGUUCCCGCCACGUACGUCUGGAAACCGGACAUCAUCCUCUAUGAAAAUGUAGACCCACAGUUUAAUGGCUGGAGCAGAGACGAGACGUAUGUGAAGAUCCACCAGAACGGCUACGUCCUGUGGGAGAUACCGGCUGUAACCAGGUCGUCAUGCAAGUUCGACGUGUCGUCCUUUCCGUUCGACCAUCAGCGCUGCUUCCUGAAGUUUGGCCCGUGGAUCCACAGUGGAUACGAGGUGACGAUGCGGAGCAUGGCGCCCGAGGGAAGCCUGGAGGGUUUCAUAGACCACGCAGAGUGGAGGGUCCAUAACUUCAUCGCUGAGGAGCACCUGAUCUUCUAUGGAGAAGACUUUGACAUUUCUACACCUUACGCAGAUGUUACCUUCACACUCAGGCUCGGGAGGAAGUCCACAUUUUACGUCUUUAAUCUCCUCCUUCCCUGUCUUCUGUUGACGUUCAUCAUGGCAGCGACGUUCUUCAUGCCUAUCGACAGCGGAGAGAAACUGUCGUUCGGCGUGUCCAUACUUCUGGCCAUGGUCGUGUUCCAGUUGGUGUUGAAGGAAGCUCUUCCAGAGUCGGAGACCCUCCCUUGGAUAGGUCGGUACGUCAUCAUCACCAUGAUCCUCAUGGCCAUAUCCUUGGCGAUGUCGGUCUUCAUCAUGAACAUCUGUGACUGCACAGUCUCAUCAACCCCCGUGCCCAGCUGGGCAAAGAAGUACAUCCUGAACUACGCCGCCAGGUGUCUCCUCAUGGGAGACAUGUCCAGACUGGACGCUGGCGUUCCCAGGGAAACUGAACUGUUGCUGGCCUCUCCUUUCCAAAAUGGACAUAGUGGAGGUAGAAAAGACCCGACCAUCUUGGCAUGUGGUCUCAACAGCGAUCCCGGACGGGACGGGACGGAAGGGAUCGUCUCACUACUUAUAUCAAGACUCCAAGGCAUAGAAAAACAACUAGAGACAUUGAAGACGUAUGCUACCCAACAGGAGAGAAAUUGGGAGAUAGAGAAGGAAUGGCGAACCCUCGCCAAAGUGCUGGACAGAAUCUUCAUGUUUCUGUACGUGUCUGUUGCCAUCACAUGCCUCGUUGCCUUCGCGGGAACAUCGCAGCCACACGGUGGAAAUAAAUAGAAAUUUAUUGAGAUGACCCUGAAUCAUCUAUAUGAAUCACCAAUAUGAUUGUAAUUAAGGUUAUCAGAUAUUAGAUGUAAAUAACCUGGAGAGGUGGCGGCAACAGCAAAUUUUACUCGUCGCACUUAUACUAUACUCUGCGUCGGGUUCCCUGUACAGCACAUGACAAUGUAAUUACAACUUCUGAGCUGAGACUACAACAGAAAAUGUACCUCCAAAUAAUGCUACUACGUGAGAGUGAUUGUAAAUAUGUUAAGGAAAUUGUAUAUCGUCAUUCUGUUACAAAAGCCGUUAAGAAGGAUGUAUACCUAAAACUAUCCAGUAGGUCUCAUUUCUAUGAUUACCUGCUGUACAUGAUCAGGGUCACGUAGUAAGCUUAGCCACAGUAUCCAUUAGUAAAAGAGUUAAAACUACCUUAACUUUGAUAGUAUUAAGUGUACAGCUAUGGAAUAAUGAACCAGAGAAUAGCCGAGAAAGCUGUCAUUGUUCACGUUUCUCUGCAUGCGAUCACAACAAGGCUCCCCUUGUUUUACUGUUGUUGUUAUCUUGACACUGUUUUUCAUUUUAAAGUUAAGGAAAAAGUAGACAAACAUUCUGAACUGUAUAAUGCAUUACCUGUAUUUCCACAAUGUACAAUCUAUCAAUACCUUUACAGUUUGCUGUUGACACCAUGACUGCAUGAAUGUAGCAAUCUUUCUAUGAUCUAUGUCUAUCAGUGACAAGAGUCAAGGAUAUUGUGAAAGGAAUUUAUGGACGAUAGCUAGGUUCAUACACUUGAUCUAUGGAUAUGGCUCGAACACCUCUGGAAUAUGUAUGACGGGUUAAAUGUAUAUACUGUAUGAUUCAGGGUGGAAUUGAUCAAGCAAUAAAUAAUACAUGACAUCAGAUGGCGGACCAUAAUAUAUACUGCAUCACCCCUGUUCAGGCGUAAUAAAGAAUUAAUUGAAGCCAUGGAUGGAUUUAUUGUCUGAACUAGCUAGAGGACAAAUCUAAAACAUCCUAGAUCAACAUACAUUUGAUAAUGUCUACAUUGCAUGUGCAGCAUUGCUGCAAUGACAGUAGGAUUGUCUAGUAAGGUUUCGCUUUCGGAGUAUUCCCUCCACGCGAAAUAUAACGAUGUAUUUUACUACUUGCUUAAGCUUGUUGAAAAUGGAAGAAAAUGGUACGUGCGAGUGAUAUUUCCUUACCUGCACGCUAUAACAGCAGCAAAGGCUGUCAUAGAUAGAGACAGAAGUUUCAACUAGGUACGUUUCCUAUGUUAGUUAGCAAAAUAUCAAUCUUAUCAAUAAAUACAAGUUUAUUUACAGAAUAAGCCGGAUCUACAUCACUGUACAUUACGUUUCCUGCACGGUAGAAUCAAUACAACUGUUUUAUAACAGAUCGUUAACAGGUUCAAACAGUGCAUAACUAACAAGCUGGCCCUGUCAAAUGGCCUCUGAAGCUCAACCCAUCAAAGAGACAAAUGUAGCUUCAAUGUUUCACGACAAUUAAAUAUCUAAACCAUCAUGAAACUGUAGUUGAUGUUCCAGACGUGGUGAUCACAACCCUUUUGAAAAGUUAAGUUGGGAUAUCAAUACGCCUGAACCAACAGUAGCUGCUAUCUAAUGUUAACCGCCAGGCGGAGUAGCUACAUUGUUUUAGCAUUUUUCCAAUGCAGCUGUGACACCUACUACUCGUAGUUACAGGUGACAGUGUAUACAGAACGUGAACCCCUUGCCUCAAGUUGUGCCUGCGACAGUUUCAUGGCUAGUUAUGGUGCGCAGUAUUUGAUGUUAAGUUAAACGGUUACGGGGAGUGAAGCUUGCUUGUAUCAAGGCAUUUAAUCUAUUGAAAAUCUGACUAAUUAUUAGUUUAUCGCAGAACAACUGUAACGUCAGAAUGAGCCAUUUGUCAAGACAAUUAUCUAUCA